GACCAGUAAGUCCAAGGCAGUGUUACAGGCCUGGUUCCAGGACCUGGCAGGCAGUAAGCCGCUGCCGUAUCUAGCAAAGAGGGUCCCCCUUUUUAACAAGAAGGAUGAUAUCUUUGUGACCCUGUACGAGUACGGGGUGCCCAUGACCAGGGCCACGUGGUUCCUCAAGAUGACGGCCGCACACUCUGCCGCGAUGUCAGAGACCAAGAUCAAAAAGCGGGCACCCAACGACCCCUCACUGGACUGGUGCCAGAUGCUGACCAAGUUCUUGCGGGACCAGCUAACAAAGAUCGUCGAGUACCACCACACUUUAGCCGCCACCCAGUCUGCCACCAUGUCCGGCCUGGGAUCUCUUGCCGCCCCUUCCAGCCUGCCGCUGGAGAUUGAGCAUGCCUUCAACCUCUGGCAGUAUAACUGCAGACUGGCCCGGUAUCUCUAUCAGGAAGGGAUGCUGGAAUGCCACGAGUUUCUGUCUUGGCUCGUAGAGAUCACUGAGAAGGUGAAGCAGCACGAUGACAACACAUUCAGGAUCGUUCUGCCCUUCAAUCUCCAAUUUUUGGAGGAGUUUGUGCGGAGUCAGAUGUUGUCUCGCCGUCUGGCCUACAUGUGCGUCCGGCGCCUCACGGCAAUCAUCAACGAUGCCACGUGUGCCACCAACCCACCAACACCCUCACCGCACAUGGUGACCUCACCCACAAGUGUCAGCAUGCCAAGCAGUCAGCCCACCCCCCAGCCGGCGCUGGCGGCCAUCUUUGCCGAGUACACCUCCUGCCCCCAGCACAGGCCCAUCGUGGUGGGGCUGAGCCUCAUCCUGCAGACGGUGGCCCUGCGCUGCCCAAGCGCCCUGGUCUGGAUCAACAUCGGCGAGGGCAAGAGCCUCAGUGCCCCGGGCUCCCCGCUGGACAUCCUGCCCUGCGCCCCCAGCAGCUUGCCCCUGCCCGGCCCGCCCUCCAUACAGAACCACCACAUUCGUGCCUCCAUCCGUAAUGCCGAGCACCAGAUCAAGAUGAGAAGUCGAGCAGCCGAAGUGAGGUGGUCGUCAGACAAGUGUCAGGAAUCCACCACAGACACCAAGAUGGCUGCCCUUUGUUACCAAGGCGACAACCCCAAUAUAACCAUGUAUAACUGUAGAGGUCAUACGAUCAGCCGUGUGCUUCACGUGCUGGAGUUGCUAGACCGACACUGCUUCGACCGGUGCGACUCCACCAACUGCCUGGACUCACUGUACAAUAAAAUCUUCAACACCCCUCCAAACAAGGACGGAUCGGAUAUGCCGCUGAGCGACGAUCCUAUCAUCUUGCUCCUGUGCGAGUGGGCCGUGUGCUCGGAGCGCAGCGGUGAACACAGAGCCUUGGUCGUGGCCCAGCUCUUGGAGAAACGUGUCAUUGACUUGGAAAGCGAGAAGGCGGAGCCGGACUUGCUGGAGGAGAAGGAAUCCCUAUCGACAGUCUCCCUUAUGCCAGGAGCUAUGCCAAUGUUACAGGGCCUUCUCACACACUUCUUAGACACCCAGGCACCAGUCUAUGUCGAUGAGAACGGCCCAAUUGAGGACAGGCGAGCCUUUGCCAGCUUGGUACUUCUUUUCAGUGAGCUGAUCCGCUGUGAUGUCUUCUCCCACGACUCCUACAUGUGUACUUUGAUCUCCCGGGGCGACCUGACCACCAGCCCCUUGCCCUCAGCCAACAGCGAGCCCCCGCCCUCCAGCGAGAGGAUGGAGGUGGACCCGGAGAAGAGAACGCCCUCGGAAAUCAAGGAAGAGCCUAAAGAUAUGGAUGGCAUAGGAAUCAAACAGGAGCAGGAGGAGAAGGAAGAGUACGAUGACUCGGAUGAAGACACCAAACCCAGCGGCAUCCACAAGAAGGAGUCCGUCUCCUUCCAGGAGAAGUUCCUGGAGGCCCUCCAGUCCAACAAGCUCAGCACCGAGGACUCUUUCUUUGAGGACGACAAGGACGAGCGGAAGAAGGCCCUGCGGGAAGGGGGGACCCCGUCCCCUCACCCGCCCCCACCCAAGCCCAACCGCCACCUAAUGUACGCCACCCACUUCCCCCUCCCCCAAGACGAGAUGUCGGCCCAUGAAUGUAAUCAGCGGCUGGUUCUGCUAUACGGCUUUGGCAAGGCCCGGGACGAAGCCCGCCACACUGCUCGGCGCAUCCAGCGGGAGACCCUGCGGGCCCUGGGUAGCAAAAAGGAGACCACACCAGGAAAGAGUGACAGCAAGGCCAAGCACAUCAAAUCUGAAGGCCAGCCCGUCAGCUUCGAACAUGUCCUGGAGCGCUACCGGACGCUGUCCUACUUCGACCAGCAUGCCGUGACAGCAGCCUGUGCAUCCCACGUCCUGGAGCAGGUCCAAAGCUGCACGCAGGGCUCACUAGACAACCUGCCGUCCGUUGAGCAGAUCACUCUGGUCUUUGAACUGAUGGAGAAUGCCCUGAACAUACACGCCCUCUUGGAGUUUUCAGUACAGCUACUGAAUUACAUGAGCAUUGUCGAAGCAGAGCUGACGCAGAAAUCAUCCCCCCUGGCUGGGAACUACACUCCUAACCUCUGCCUGUCCAUCGUGGCUGUGCUGCGGAGAUACCAGGCAUGUUUGCUGGUGUCCCAGGAGCAAACGGCCACCGUCUUUGAGCUAUUAUGUGGCAUAGUGAAGCAUGUCACUAAUGUGACGGUGUGCUCUUCAGCCGAGCGCUGCAUCCUUGCCUAUCUGUAUGAACUAUACACAUCCUGCAGCCACGUCAAGGCCAAGUUUUCAGACAUGUUCAGCAGUGUUGCCUCCAAGGUCAAGCAGACGUUGUACACCAGCGUGCACCCUUCUGAGUCCAACCCGCUCUGGAACCCCAAAUUCAUGCAGGAGUACAUUCAGAACCCAAGGGAUCUGCAGUUUCACCACACUUCAUUGGGCAAACAACUGAAUGAGAGCUCAACGGACCGUUACAGCUUUGUGUGCAAUGUCCUGCUCUACAUAUGCAGCCCUACAGAAGUGCAAAUGUUGAAUGACCUGUCCAUCAUGUGCGCCGAGCUGACCUCCUGCUGCAGCGCGCUGAGCUCAGAAUGGCUGGGCGUGCUCAAGGCGCUCUGCUGCUCUUCCAACCCCAGCUGUGGCUUCAACGACAUCCUCUGCCAAGUUGACGUGAAUGAUCUUUCCAUCCAUGACUCGGUAGCCGUCUUUGCAGCCAUCCUGAUUGCUAGGCAUUGCUUUGCAUUGGAGGAUGUAGUAGAACACGUGGCCUUGACAUCACUGCUGGACUUCACCACACCAUCACUCAACGCGGGAACUCAGAUGGAGUCGGAUGCCGAGCCUGGAGCCAGACUAAUGUGCCGGCUGCUCCUGCGCCUCCUGUCCACGGGUCCCCUGCCGGGUCAGUCGGACAAGAACGGCUACUACGUCAAGUCGUCCUGCGACCAGCACCUGCUGGCCGCUGCCCACCGCAGCAUCAGCGUGGAGGCGCUGGUGGGGGUGCUAAAGGCCAUCCUACUGCUGGGUGAGGCGGGUGUGGGGGGCGGCACCAGCGGCAGCUUUGACGACUUCACCGAGGACCCCAGGUCCUCAGGCUCCAUUGAGACGGCCAGCCUGAGCGACUAUGCCAAGUUCACCCUCAAGACCAUCUGCAGCCAGAGCUGGGUGCGGGAGAUCUUCCUGAAGGACCCUGACCGACUCUGGACCAGGGAGGUUCUGCUGGACCAGGUUUUGUCCCACAAACACGCUCACUAUUUGGUGCAACUCAUCUGCUAUCCUAACGGCGUGCCUCUGAUAUCGGACGGCAGCUAUGAAAGUGAGCAGAAGCAGGCUAUUACCAGAAUACUCAGGAACCUGGACCAGUGGACCCUGCGUGUCUCCUGGCUGGAGCUGCAGCUCAUGCUGAAGCAGUGCGCCAACUCAGAGAUGAACCCCCUCCUGGACAACAUCGCCAAGGCAACCAUCGAGGUGUUCCAACAGCAACACAGCGACGAGGGUUCAGCGGCCACUAAGAGUGCCCCCGGCGGGCAGAACGGUCAAAGGAAAGCAGUGCAACAGAUCAGGUUGGAGCAGGAGCGCAGCGGGGUGUGGCUGGUGGCACCCCUCAUCUCCAAGCUGUCCAGUCAAGUCCAGGGACGGGUCCUCAGAGCCGCCGGCAACGUCCUGGAGAGCGUGGGCCACACGUGGUCCAAGUCCAGCAAGGACAAGGAUAAGCAUGGUCACAAAGCCCAAAUGUCCCUCGUCAGUCACCAGCCCCUGUUGUCCCUGGUGUUGACCUGCCUUAAGGGGCAAGACGAGCAACGAGAGGGCCUGCUGACGUCCCUCCAAACACAGCUCACUCAGUUCUUGCAGUCACCUAAAGAUGAUCGUUGGGAAGAUGAGCAGAGCCGUAGAAUGAUGCAUGAAGCCCUGCAGCUCAGACUCAGCCUGGUCGGCAACAUGUUUGACACCAUCCUGCGCAGCCAGCAGUGGACUACAGAGUUUGCCUUGCUGUUGCUGCAGCUCAUUACUACGGGGACCGUGGACACCCACUCCAACAGUGAGCUGUUCACGACGGUGUUGGACAUGCUGUCAGUGCUGAUCAACAGCACCCUGUCCAGUGACUGCAGCGAGGGGGAGAAGGGCCGGGAGCACCAGACGCUCAUCAAGAAGCUGAAGAAGGAGUUGGGCGACAAGCACUCGUACGACAUCGACCGGGUGCGCCAGCUGCUGCCGGUGCCCAAGAAGACCUGUGACGUGGUGACGGUGGAACCCAUGGGCAGCCUGAUCGACACCAAGGGCAACAAGAUUGCCGGCUUCGACUCCAUCAACAAGAAACAGGGUCUGCAAGUGGCUUCCAAGCAGAAGAUCAACCCCUGGGACACCCUGGAGGCCUACAAGAACCCUGCCCCGCUCUCUUGGUCCUUCUUUGGGGCUGUCCGCAUGGAGCGCAAGCCCCUCAAAUACCAGGAACAGUUCCGGCUGACCCACUACCACACCCACCACCGGGAGCGGCCCGAUGACUACUACUUCCAGCCUCCCCAAUUGCCACCGGAUGAAGAGGAGCCAGCCCCGCCCCCGGCUUCUGGCCCCGAGGCGGAGAAGGCAGCGACGGAUUCAUCGGGUAACAGCUUGUCGGAAAGCGGCAAGGGGGAGGGGAGCGGCAGUGGCAGCACGGCCGGGGCUGGGGACAUUACCAGCGGGGUCACCACCAGCAAGAAGAGGAAGCGGGUGCGGAAGAAGACGCCAACCCCAGGCCAGCAGAUGAUGAGAGAGCCGUUUGCUUACAAUCAGAAUAUGGGUGGUUUCCCGGAGCGUCCAUUCAUGCAACAGCAGCAGAAUUACAUGCCGGGCCAGUUUCCUUACCAACAGCCACUACCACCAGCAGGACCUUCUCGUAUGGACCGGCAGAUGCCCAUGGGGGGGAACUCCAAGGCUGCCCUGCGGAACAUGCUGGUAGACAGGAAACAGCCCGGCAACCAGAGAGAGGAAGUCCACUAUGGAAGUCCCAUUUUGAAGUACCACCUGAUGCAGAAGCAACAGCAGAUGGCCCACUACAAGCAGCAGCAAGCAGCCCGAGCCAUGGGGGGCUCUGGCGUCUCCACCGACAUGUUCAUGCAGUACAAGGGCCCCCAUGAGGGUCCCAUGCACCACAUGCAGCCCGGACAACCCCAGCAGGCGCCUUCGUCGGUGGGCUAUGGGGGUUAUGGCAACCAGAUGAUGCAGCAACCCCAGCUGACCAAUGACCCCAUGGUCUCGCCCAACUACAGCCACUACAGCGCCCACGGGGCUCAGCCCACUGUGGGGCCAGGGGGCAUGAUGGGCCCCCAGAUGGGACGGCCCCAGGUCCAGCCGGGCCAAUCAGGCUACAUGAGCCAGCACAGGCAGGUGCCAGAAGCUGUCAGGUUACAACAUCAACUGCAGCAACGAGCCUCCAUGCAGCGGGGCAUGGCGCCAGGCAACAUCAUGCCCCAGCACCAGCCCACUGCCCCGCACAGUGGCGGCCAGCCUUACAUGCAGCCGCUGGCUGCCCCGCAGGAGCGCCAACACCAGGUGCUGCGGCAACAGCGGCUGGCCGUCCUGCAGAAACAGCAGCAACAGCAGCAGCAACAGCACCAGCCGCCGCAGCACCACCAGCAGGACCAGCAGACGGCCAACCUUGUCAGCCGCCUGAAGAGCCAGAUGACGCAAAGCGGCCCAGGCAGCAUGGGACCUGCGCAGGCCAUGCAGCAACAGCCCCCUCCGCAAUAUAAUCCUUACCAACAGCAGUACUGAGUGUUGGCAUACUGCAGU